AUGGACUCCAGAAUCAUGUCCAAAACACGAAAACGGAAAGAUCGCAGGCGAGCAGCAGGUAAACAGCUGGGUGUAUCUGAUCCAUCAGUGGGUGCAGUGAGCUCUGCUGAUGAUGGCGGAGAGAAGAACAAGAAAGCGAAGAAGCAGAAGAAGAGUGACAGCAGGUCUCCGUCGGUCAACAGGGACUUUUUCCUCAGACUUUCCCGGCUGCUGAAGCUCUUGUUUCCACGGUUACUUUGUCCAGAGAUCGCCCUGCUCGCCUUACACUCUCUCACCCUGAUGUCCCGGACCUUCCUGUCGAUUUACGUCGCGUCUCUGGACGGUGUGAUAGUGCGGUGUAUUGUUCAGAAGGAUCCUCAGGCCUUCGUGCUUCAGCUCUCCAAGUGGCUCCUCGUUGCAGUUCCUGCAACUUUCAUAAACAGCGCCAUCAGAUUCCUGGAGGGUCAGCUGAGCCUCAGCUUCAGGACCCGAUUGGUUAAACAUUCCUACCAGCUGUAUUUCACCAAUCAGACUUACUACAGAGUCAGCAACAUGGACGGGCGUCUGUCCAAUCCCGAUCAGUCCCUCACUGAGGACAUCGUCAUGUUUUCGGCCUCCAUCGCUCACCUCUACUCCAACCUGACCAAACCCAUCCUGGACGUGAUCGUCACCUGCUACACGCUGAUACGCACCGCCCACUCCAAAGGAGCAAACACAACGUGGCCGUCGGUCAUCGCCGGCCUGGUCGUAGCACUCACGGCUAAAGUCCUGCGCUCCUGUUCGCCUCGAUUCGGGAAGCUUGUGGCCGAGGAGGCGAAGAGGAAAGGAGACUUGCGUUACAUGCACUCACGAAUCAUCACCAACUCAGAGGAGAUUGCCUUCUAUGGAGGACACAAGGUGGAGCUGGCCCAGCUGCGGAGGAGCUACACGUCUCUGUCCUCUCAGAUCCAUCAGAUCCUGCUGAAGCGCCUCUGGUACAUCAUGCUGGAACAGUUCCUCAUGAAGUACGUGUGGAGCGCCUCCGGCCUGGUGAUGGUCGCCGUGCCCAUCAUCACCGCCACCGGAUACGCUGAACACGACUCGGAGGAGGUGAAGCAGGCUGCCAUGGUGAUGAAGGAGGAGGAGCUUGUGAGUGAACGGACGCAGGCCUUCACCACAGCCAGGAACCUCCUGAACGCUGCAGCCGACGCCGUGGAGAGAAUCAUGAGCUCCUACAAGGAGGUGACGGAGCUGGCAGGUUACACUGCUCGAGUCUCUGAGAUGUUGGAUGUGUUUGAAGAUGUGAAUCAGGGGAUCUACCGCCGCUCCGCAGACAGAGAGAAGGAGGAGUUAACAGCUGAUGGAGGAGGAGGAGCAGUUCAACACGGGCAGAGAGUCUGUGGUCCGCUACAGAUCAGAGGUCAGGUGAUCAGUGUGGAAAAGGGGAUUCGCUGUGAGAACCUGCCAAUCAUCACGCCUACCGGAGAUGUAGUAGUGUCCUGUCUGAAUAUCCAGGUGGACGAUGGGAUGAACGUGCUGAUCACCGGUCCAAACGGCUGUGGGAAGAGUUCCCUGUUCAGGAUCCUCAGUGGGCUGUGGCCUGUUUAUGGAGGAGUCCUGUACAGACCGGAGCCAGAGCACAUGUUCUAUAUCCCACAGAGGCCUUACAUGUCAGAGGGGACCCUCAGAGACCAGGUGAUCUAUCCGGACUCAGUGGAGGAGAUGGUUCAGAGAGGACUCACAGAUUCAGACCUGGAGGAGAUCCUUCGCACCGUCCACCUGCGCUACAUCAUGGACCGAGAGGGAGGUUGGGAGUCGGUCAAUGACUGGAAAGAUGUUCUGUCUGGAGGAGAGAAGCAGCGGAUGGGGAUGGCUCGGAUGUUCUACCACCGCCCAAGGUACGCUCUGCUGGACGAGUGUACGAGCGCCGUGAGCAUCGACGUGGAGGGAGGAAUCUUCCAGGCUGCGAAGGAUGCUGGGAUCGCACUGCUGUCAAUUACUCACAGGCCUUCCCUUUGGAAGUACCACUCUCACCUGCUGCAGUUCGAUGGAGAAGGAGGGUGGAGGUUUGAACCUCUGGAUGCCUCCACGCGCCUCUCUCUGCAGGAGGAGAAGCAUCGUUUGGAGAACCAGCUGCUGGGAAUUCCUAAGAUGCAGCAGAGACUUUCAGAGCUGUGUGUCCUGUUGGGGGAGGCCGAAGGGGAGAAAGAAGAGAAGCUAGCCUCCUGAGAUUACACACUGAUGAUUUUAUUUACUGGUUAGCAUUGAGAGAAACGCACACACACGUUUGUAUUCCUUACUUGUAGGGCCCCGCGUUGACUUGAUGUAACUCCUGUAAUGUGCACUGGACACAAAGUCCCCAGAGAGCGGAAGUGACCGCACAUGUUAUAAAUACCCUUAAAAUGUA